GCUCCUGUUGUUACAGCUGUGAUCUGUAAGUUAGUGAAGUUCUGACACCUGAUUGUCUGAGAUGGUUCUCGGUGUCACAAACAAAUUUUCCCAUUCUACAACUGAUCACCAUUUGCUCAGGAUGUGAUCAUCCUAAAUGAUCUAGGAACAACAUAACUUUUCACUUUCAUCUUCUCUAUAAUAAUUAAGCCAUCUUGGGAAAUGAGCAUCAAACAUCUAUCAUGGAGUAGAACCUGGUGCGGGGAAGACUUUAUUUCCAGUGAUUCCCAACCACAUAACUGGAGCCCCCCAACAUUGCAUCUAUAUUUUGUCUGACACCCAUUUAAGUCCUUGGACUGUCUACUAAUGGACAGGUGAGUUGAAUCAGGUGUGUUUGGUUAAGGAGACAUGCAAAAUGUGCACUGCUCAGGGUACUCCAGGAAUGUGGUUGAGGACCACUGCUCUAUUCAACUAAAUUGCAUAACACCGAGACAAAUUCAAAGAAGCCUACACUUUUCCAUUUGUCAGUAAAGUUAGGGCAUCAAGUGCCCUGUGUUCCUACAGGUGUGUCUGUGGUGCUGGACUGUGAUACUGCCGAGGCGCAUGUGUCUUGGAAUGCAAGCAUUGGGGCGUUGAAAUAUGUUGCUUAUUCAUGGAGCAGAACAUUCAACUUCAUAUCCUGCGAGACCUCUGGGCCUGUUACACAUUGCACGCUUAGUGAUCUCACAUGUGGAGAUAAUUACACUGUUCAGGUGAUUGCUGUUGGAGAUGAAUGCACCAGUUUGCCCAGUCAGGCAGAAAACUUCCGCACAGUUCCCUGUGCCCCGGAGGUUACAGCUACACACCUGGAGUGCUCCACUGACUCUGUACUGCUGCAGUGGACUCCCACUGAUGGGUCUAUUUCCUACACUGCUGAUGCCAGGACACCAGAGGGGCUCGUCUCCACCUGCUCCAGCAACUCCACUAACUGUGAACUGAGGGGACUAUCCUGUGGGCAAACAUACAAUGUUACUAUGGUAUCAUAUGAUGGGCUUUGUCACAGCAUGCCUGGCACAGGCCUGGCAGUGGCAUCAGUACCCUGUCCACCUAAGAAUGUGGAGUUGAAUUUGCUCUGUUCUUCAAACUCUGCCCACGUUCAGUGGAAAGCUGGUUCAGGGGCAGAAUCAUUCGAGGUGCAUGCCAUUAGCACAGACGGCCAGAUGACAGGAUGUGACAGCACAAAUACUUCCUGUGUUAUGCCUAACCUUGUAUGCGGUUCCAUCUACAACAUCAGUGUGCUUGCCAUUGGCCACAAGUGUAAUGUUUCCAGGAGUGAGAUCACAACACUGCAUUCAGUCCCAUGUGUUCCCAACCACAUUCAGGCAAACCUGAGCUGUGGAUCUGGAGUGGUUGAUGUGUCCUGGCAGCCUAGUCAAGGAGCUCUCUCUUAUACUGCUGUCGCUCAGGGCAGCGGGGGCUUUGCGUCUUCAUGCAACAGCAGUAGCACUGUAUGUGAGUUUAGUAAUCUACUGUGUGGACUCACGUACAGCAUCAGCGUGACUGCCUCUGACCACGUGUGUACAAGCGCACCGAGUAAUAGUGUACAGUUGGACACAGUUCCGUGUGAGCCACAUGGAAUCGUGGCUCAACUGGAGUGUAGCAGCCACACAGGUGUAGUGUCCUGGGAACAAGGGGACCAUGUUGCAUCCUACCUGGUCCAAGCAUCCGGUCCGGAUGGACACCAAACUUAUUGUAGCAGCCCCGCCACCAGCUGCAGAUUACCCAGCUUGCAUUGCGGCCAAGCCUACAACCUCACACUCACCGCCCAGGACAGCCACUGUAACAGCCAGAAUGCCUUUUCACAAUUACAGUCAGUUCCAUGUGCACCUACCAAUGUGCAGACUUCUCUUGUUUGCCUGUCUAACUCUGUCGCUGUGACGUGGCAAAGUGGCAGUGGGGCGUUGUCCUACCAGGCUGAGGGUAUCACUGUAGAUGGCACCCAUAAGACCUACUGCAAUAGCAGUGUGACACACUGUAAUCUAGAGCAUCUGCUGUGCGGGGAGACUUAUAAUGUGUCUGUGCUGUCAGUGGACCACGCAUGCAGCAGUGAAAAAAGUUUGUUCACACAAGUGCAAACUGCACCCUGUCCUCCUCAGACCGUUGACGUUCAGGUGAACUGCUCUGCUGGCUCCAUGACUGUCACAUGGCCAGCCAAUCCAGAUGCACAAUCUUUCCAUGUGAGGGCAGAAACCAGUGGAGGAGGUGCCCUGUCAUGUGAUUCCACCAGCAGCAGCUGUUCAAUCAGUGGCUUGCCAUGUGGACAGUCAUAUUCUGUCACUGUAACAUCUGUCAGGGGUGGCUGUGAGAGCCAGCGCAGCACAGCUGUUAAUGUCACCUCAGCUCCUUGUGUUCCUCAAGGAGAGACAGGCAACCUGGACUGUGUUACCAACUCAGCUUGGGUGACUUGGCUACAGGCAAAGGGGGCGGAGUCUUACACUGUCCUGGCAGUGGAAAGAGGCGAAGCCAACUCCAGCUGCUCGGCUACAGAUCUGCACUGCAAUGUUCCCGACCUGCUGUGUGGAGCCACCUACACCUUCCACAUUACUGCUGUCAACUCAUUCUGCAGAAGCGCACCAGGCAACGCCUUCGAAAUUCAGACAGCUCCAUGUGCCCUCACCUCAAUCACUGCACACACGGACUGUUACAGCAGCCAUAUCACAGUUAGCUGGCAGCUGAACGAGGGAUCUUCCUUGUAUGUGGCCACCGCUGAAGGUCAUGACCAAAGCAUUUUGAUAUGUAACAGCACUGGCACGUCCUGUGCCCUCUCCGGAGCCAAGUGUGGAAUGCAGUACACGGUUAUCAUUUCUGCGUCCUCCGACAAAUGCAGCAGCUUACGGAGUCCCCCUCUAAAGAUGCACACAGCACCUUGUGCUCCUCAGAAUAUAACCGUGAACCCAGUGUGUGACUCAAACGGGAUGACGGCAGCAUGGUCACCCUCUCUGGUUGCCGAGUCAUACUCACUCACAGCCAGCAGUCGAGAUGGAGAUGUCCGCACCUGCAGAAGCACCACAAACAACUGCACCCUGCUUCACCUGCACUGCGGACAGAUUUAUGACGUUAGCAUAACCGCUUCGGCUGGAAACUGCACCAGCAUGGCCAGUCAGCAGGUCACCUUCUAUACCGUGCCCUGUGAGCCACAGAACAUGACUGUGGAAGUGCAGUGUGACACAGGGACUGCUUCACUCUCUUGGGUGGAGGGCCAUGGUUCUCUGCAGUACUUCACAACGGCUCAGACCAAGGAUGGGCACACGCUUCACUGCGACACCACGGACACGUCCUGUAGCAUUCACGGACUGACUUGUGGGACGCUGUACAACUUCAGCGCACUGGCUUCAGAUGGAACCUGCAACAGCUCCGUCACUGUGCCAAUCCAGAGAGGAGCAGUCCCAUGUCCUCCGGUCACUGUGAGGGUGAGGACCCAUCUGAUGGUCGAUGCGACUCUCGUCAGGGUCUCUUGGAAUCUCGUGUACUGUCCUGACGUCAUGUACCUGGUACGGGUGACCGGUGCGAUCCAGGACAACCCAGAGUCCCUCAUGGACGUGUCAUCCUACUGGACAGACAUCAGCUACUUUGAGUUCCCUGUUCCCUGUAGCACCUCUUACAGUGUGACUGUGUUUGCACAAAACUCAGCUGGGAUCAGCAGACCCUCUCAGGCUGUUACUGGUGUCACAGUGCCCUGUCCACCGGUGAAUGUCACCUUCAGCGGGGACAGUUCCUCUGCCACAGUGGCCUGGAGGUCCUCCGCUCUUACCACAGGAUACAGGGUGUACCAGCUGAGUUCUGGCGGCAGGGUGCCGGUCUGUCUCACCUCAAACCUCAGCUGUGAGGUCUCUGGCCUGCAGGCCUCGAAUGUGGCUGUGACAGCCUGGAACAGUGCAGGAGAGAGUCUUGCAUCUAGAGUAGCUUCUGGUCAAGCCUUAAACCGUCGGAAGAGAAAUGUGGAGUUUGCCAAGAUAUAUGCAUCCCUGACUCCUGAGGAGCUGGCUGUUCCUGUGGCCAGGGUCGCUGUGACGGGACAGUCACUACAGGUGGAGUGGUCUCUGGUGAGAGGGGCCGAGUCCUACACCCUGAUUGUAUACGAGGACACAGAAGAACAGCCGAAGGAGGUGGUGUCCGUGUACAGGACUGAGAUUGCUACAGUUACUGAGCUUGAACCUGCAACACGUUACUGCAUCAUCGUGUCUGCCAAAAACAACAACAUCCAGAGCACAUAUUCCCACCCUGUGUGUGUCACUACUGACGCCUCCGAGUAAACUGGACUGUACAGGACUGUAGAUACACAACUAACUGAAGCCGUGCUGAGUUCCCUGAACUAGCAUCUUCUCUUUCUUAUAUUCCAUGAUUACUACUCAAAAGAAAUCAGCCUUCUUGUCCUUUCAGAAAUCUAAACAAAUAUAAUCCCAAAUUCUUGACUGAUUCCUUUUUUUCUAAUGAAACCAAUCAUAAUAAAGAAAUUACUGAAUUUCUGUGAUGUAACAUCUAAAAUAGAAAAAUUUCUGUUGAUUGAAAAACAUAACUUAAAAUGAAGAAUAGAUGUGAAGAAAUUAUACAUUGAUUGACCAUAGAAACAUGUUGUACUGUAACACAUAGUUUUUAAAGAAAGUUAUGUAUUUAUCUUAAAAAGUCAUUUUCUGUAACCAGUUCAUAAAAUGAUUCAAUCAAGAAUGUUUGUGAAGUUAGAUCAAAUAAAUGGUUAAUUUAUCGAGCACUAGUUUUAAACCAAACAUUGUAUUCUCUGAUGUAUAUGUGGCUUUGUUAACAAUCAGAAAUGGUACUUUUAUACAUGAAGUCGUAUGAAAGAAAUAAAGGCUGUUAAAGAAAACUUCAAACAUUUUGGUUCAAAUGAAAAGCCAAGAACUGUUACUAAUAAUCUGAAUCUUCUGCUUUUUUUGGUUUUAUUAUAAGUAAAAUGCACCAUAUUUUUUUUUUUUUUUUAAUACAUUUAAAUGAUCAUGAUUGAUCUUAUGAUACAAUGAUUAAAUCAGCUGUUGUAAUUAUCCAUGAAAAAUAAAGUAAGUUCAAGUAAAUAAUUUAAAGUGAAGUGCUUCUCAAUUUGUUCAUUACAAUCAGAUGUAACUUUUCCACAGUCAAAUAUAUGGCCAACCAGGGAGGAUUGGGGUAAAGUGGACCACCUGAUGUGUAAUU